GUAAGAGGAAUGAGAUAUAAAAAUAUCAAGAUUUGUUUGGGAUUGGCUUUUUCACUAGUUUUUUAAUUUAGUGACUAAAACAUGAGACAAAAAAAGAGAUGAAAUGUUUGGAAUGACCUUUUACAUUUUACCAAAAAAAAACUUGUGAAAUUUAGAGAGAAUGAGAAUCAAACUUCGACAGUUUUGUAUGACUUUUUGACUUUUUGACCUUUUUAAUAAUUUUUGAGUUAAUUUAACAUAGUGCCAAAUGACCUGAGGAAAACUUCAUAAUUGUCUAUUUAGACUACUUAAAAGGGUUCUAUAAGAGAAGGAUCGGAUAGAACAAAUAGCAAUUUAAGUAUGUGAUAAAGGGAAAUUCUUAAGUGUGUAAGUGUAUAUCAUAUGCAUUUGCGUAAAUUCUCAUAAAUAUACGUAAGUUAUUUCACAAAAUCGCGUAAGUUUUCACAAACAUACGUAAGUUCACUCAUAAAAAUUUGAGAAAUCACAACUUAACGUAUAUUUGUGAGAACUUAUACGAUUUUGUGAGGUACCCUAUGUAUAUUUGUGAGAAUUUAUGCAAAUAUAUAUGGUAUCCACUUUUUACACCUAAACACUUCCCAUGAUAAAGACGUGAGAAGAGUGAGAUGUAAAAAAUAUCGAGGAAUGAAAAUUUUAUAGAGUUUGGAGUUUAGAAACUCAAUUAUUCUUAAGAGUGGGAAUUUUCUUUUGAAAUGACUGAUUAACUAAAAGAAUCACUUCAAACAAAAGAUCAAGUCUGAUGCUUUAUCUUGAUGUACACGUUAAAGAAGGAAUUUUCUCACAUGCUACGCCACUCCUUACCAUAGAAUAAAGUUUCAAUAUGUCACUGCUUACUAUAUAGAAUGGAGUUCCAAUAGAAUAUACUUUUUAUAUACUUUUGUAAGGUAAAAUAUCUAAUAGUAUUAGAGUUGCUCUAAUAGCUCACUCAACAUCAGCGCUCAGUAAUUUAUAAAAAUUGCAUAGAAUGUAUUCAUUCUGAUGGAAUGUGAUCCCAAAAUGAAACUAUUUUUGUGAUGUUUGUAUUGUUAUUGAACAUAUCAUCAAAGCUAUUGUUGAACUGCAAUAUUUGUUUUUGUCCCUUAACUUGGCGAAUUGAUGGUUUUCAGUUGGAAGGUAAAAGAGUUGGGAUUGUUGGGUUAGGAAGCAUUGGCAUAGAAGUUGCAAAAAGGCUAGAGUCCUUCGGCUGCAUAAUCUCAUACAAUUCAAAGACAAAGAAACCAAAUGUUACAUACCCAUUUCACCCAAAUGUUUCUCAACUAGCAUCAAACUCUGAUGUGCUCAUCAUAUGUUGUUCAUUGACUGACCAAACAAGGCACAUGAUUAACAGAGAAGUGAUGUCAGCACUAGGAAAGGGAGGAGUCAUCAUCAAUGUUGGCCGAGGUGCGAUCAUCAAUGAGAAGGAAUUGGUGGAGUGUUUGGUGGAGGGAGAGAUAGGUGGUGCUGGUUUGGAUGUGUUUGAGAAUGAGCCUAAUGUGCCUAAAGAGCUCUUCGGGCUUGACAAUGUUGUGUUGUUGCCUCAUAGAGCUGCCUUCACUGAGGAGUCAUUUUUUGAUUGUUCCCAACUUGUGAUUGCCAAUUUGGAAGCUUUCUUUGGGAAUAGACCACUUCUUACUCCUGUCACUGAUUGUUGAAUGAGAAGUCAGACAGAAGAGACAUAGACAGAUCUGCGAAAGUGGAGGUUUGUUAAUUUGAUUCUCUAUCAUGUAUACAUGUACUUUUUAAAAUACAGUUGUAGCUGUUUUAGUGCAAUCAAUUCCUUGGAGAAAAUAUUUGAUUGUUUAA